AUGAGCUCGUUGAUAACGUCACUGGAACAACAUGUUGUAACGGUCGUUUGUGCCGUUGGGACCUCAUCUUCGAGGCGUUCAUCGAUCGACAUCCUGAGCAGAGAAUGUGUUUCGUGAGCUCGCCGAGCAUGAAGGUGCUCUGCCGGACAGCACGAGCAGAGAGCAAGCACAGACAAACAUGGCGCAAGGCGAGCACUUAUCUGCCCCGGACAUCGAUUGGAUUAGAACAGAAAGCCACGAAGUUGAGCUGAAAAGGGAAAAGAAAGAAAGAAUGGAAGAAAGAGAACACUUUUAUAAAAUAAUGCGGCUCGUAUAAAAUUUAACGACGAUUUUUAUUGUGCAAAAUGAGAAUCUGCUUCGCGCCCACGGAAGAGACCAACAAUUUGAUGUUUCAGAUUCGCCGUCAUCGCCUGCGAUGGUCUCUGGAAGUCGUUCUCGAAUCUGGAAGCGAUCACAUUUGCAUCAGAGCAGCUCGAGGCUGUGAAGAAGGUGAGACUGUGUGUAACCACGCUGCCUUGUGACCAUCUGAAUGAGUACAUUCCGAUUCCUGCAGACACCGUCAUGAGUGCAACUUUUGACUGUGAAGGCGCCUGACGUCUGCUUCUUGACACGUAGGCGAAACGUUUCCUAUCUGUCAGCCACCCGCUAACCACACCGUAAUCUUUCGUCCAUCAGCUGAAGCGACCGUCUUUUCUCAUCAUGCCGCCUCGCGACGUCAUGUUUCGUUCAGCGACUUCAUGACGAUUAGGACCCCACAUGGGUGGAUAGCGUUGAAACAACAAAAGAGUGAUCUACUCGGUCGAUCGUGUGUAAUGAACUAACAUCGGGGACCGCAGUAACACAAGGGCGGGGCGUCGCAAUCGUUUUGAUCCUAAUUUGCGGACUUUUGAACUGCAUCACUUUAAUGAAGAUAACUAACCGAUGUAGAAAUUCGUUUUUGAGCGGUGGUCUCUGACCCGCCAAAUGAGAAAUGAAAAAUAUCUUCCAUUUUUGCAUGCAAAACAUCAGAAAUUCUUUUCGUGACUAAAAAACUGGACUUCGGAGACCUCCAUUGCAAAUUUUUCUGCUGCAUUGCGUGGACGCCCACUUUUGCUGCGCUGCUGGAGAGAAACCAGUUGAUUGGAAUUGCUCACAAAAAUGCUGUAACUCAAGAAUUAGUGAAUAUUUUGUAAUGAAAAUUGAUAGACGUGAUCUUGAAAGGAUGGACUUCGACAUCUGACAGAAAGUAGACAAAAUUUAUAGGUUUUACGAAACAUGCUGUCUCUAGCCUAUGAUAAACGAUAUCAGAUGUGUGUGUGUGUGUGUGUGUGUGUCGGCCACCUAUGUCAAAAAAAACUGGUUAUUCCAAAGUUCGUGGUCAUUCAUGUCCUUUUCAUUAUCAAUUUCGACUGUUUCUAUGAUGCAAAAACAAUGAAAAAUGUCUGUCAGCGUAUCCACCCCCCUCCCCAAUAAUUGUCUCAAAAGAUCAGUUUCAGAUGGAUCUGCAACAAGAAACCAACGAGAGUAGGGAAACUGCCGAGCUAAGGACCGUCGCUGAGAAGAUGGCAGCAGAAGCGGUUCGGAGAAAGUGCGGAGACAACGUAUCGGUCAUCAUAAUAAAACUAGAACUCCUGGAUUAA